UUGACACUGACUGGGUGUUUUCACAUUCAUCUGCUGAUAGGGAGACAUUUUCUUUUCUCUCUCCUUAAAACAGACACACGUAACACAUAUAUGUAUGCACUUAAAACAUGUCUGGGCGGGGUCCUAAAUGUUCUUGUGGUAUAAAAUUAAACCAUCCUUCUCUAAAUCGUUAAUGUAUGCAUGAUGCGGGACACACUCCUAUUGAUGAAGCAUGUGACUGUGGAUUGGGGUGCAGGGUUACAUACUGCUAGAGUUUCAUGAAAGUGGAAACCCUGUCUGUCAGCUAGCAUUGUUGAACUAACUGGAGCUGGAGGUCCUCUGGUCACAGACAGCCAACACACACAGAGGAAAAGCAAGGCUGUGAAGGCAGGUGUCAUGCAGUGCUCUCCGUGCAAGCUGCGAACCCACCAGUGGUGUUUCCUCCUCUUCAAUGUCCUUCUCUUCCAUGCCCUGUUGUUUGGGGCUGAUUUUGUCGAGGAGUACCUCCUGCAGCCCACACCUGGGGUCUACACUGAUGGCAUGGUUGUUGAUGUAAGAGAGAAAGCAAGGAAACUAGACAUGAGCAACGUCAGGGAGAAUGUGUCCCUGGCCUACCCCAUCACAAACCCUGAUGUCUGCAGUAACUCUGACCUCUUCCUCCUCACUCUCGUCUUCAGCUCGACAGCCAAUAUCACCCAAAGAGAUGCAGUCAGGAGGACGUGGGCUAACCAAACACUCAUUGAAGGCUUCCCAAUCAGGGUACUGUUCUUCUUAGGAUCAACAGAGACUUCUGUGGCACAAAAGGCCCUCAUGACAGAGUCUGACCUUCAUGGGGACAUGGUCCAGGGUCAUGCUGUGUCUGACUCGUCCCUCCGUGGCCCAACAGAAAAGACAGUGCUGGCACUGCGCUGGGUGAUUGCUUUCUGUCCCGUGGCACGCUUUGUUCUGCUGACUAAGGAUUCUGUGUUUAUCAACCUUCCUGCAAUCGGAGGCUACCUACUCGGGCUGCACAGGCACCCUGAGGACCUUUAUUUAGGUAGGGUGAUCCAGAGAGAAUCCCCUGACAGGGACCCCAACAGUCCAGGUUUCCUACCCCCAGCGCUCUACCCUGACAAGUACCUGCCUGAAUACUGUGAAGGGACGGCUUAUGUUGUAUCCCAGGAUGUGGUCCGAAAAGUGUAUGUUGCCUCUGCAGCAGUUCGCGCACCUGUGCCAGCUGAUGUUUUUGUGGGCCUUUGUGCUCAGAAGGCUGGUGUGGCACCGACCCACAGUAGCAGGUUCUCAGGAGAGAAACAUAUCCGCUACAACGCCUGCUGUUACCGCUAUCAAUUCAGCUCAGCAGGAAUGGAAAGCCAUGGACUAGAUACAGUGUGGGCAGACCUGGGACAGAAGGAUGAACAAUGCUCACUGUUAAAGACCUACUAUGGCCUGGUGACCUGCAAAGCCCUGACGUACCUCGACAAACUAUCCUUCUAGCAACUCUUUCUACGGACAAGCUGUAUCGCACGCUAAUUUAUAAGGGUAUGUGUGAUUAGUUAAUACCAGGUGAAAUGAAUACUGACAGAUAGUGGGGUAAAAGAAAACCUUGUCCUUGUGUAGCUUACCUGGGUGCCAGUGUUUGCAUUUUGCCUGUCAGCAUUGAUAGGUAAAUCUACAGUAUGUUAAAUUCUUCACACAAUGGCUAAGAUCGCUAAAAUGAGUAAAGGAUCAACCGGGAUCACUGUAAUAUAUUCCACAUGACUGGAUUUAUGUAAAUGGAAGUGCAAUGCAAAUUUUACUCUUAAAUGUACAAUAGUGGAAUGAUUUUAAUUUUUUUUCUUUCUUUAUUUGUUUGGAUUUUAAAUCAGAUCUGUCUGUCUAAAUACAAUCCAGUUUGUAUGUUUAUUUCCAUGUCAUUAGUCAUGUCUGUGCUUUUCCUACUUUGACCUCAGAGGACUAAAGGUAUUGUCUUGCCCUUUUUACGCAUGCAGUAACAAUGAGGGGAGUCAGGUAGAUGUCUAAGAAGCACAGUCUGGAAGUGCUGAGACACGGUCUGAUCAGGGAAAAUCAUUGAGAACAACUGUGUGGAGACUCUUUAGAACAAGGACAAAUAUA